AUGGCGGCAGGACUCGUGCUGGUGCUGUGCCUGCUGCCCCUCGGCAUCAUGGGUAAUUCCUUGGAGGAGGGACAAGACAAAAUGGCGUCUGCGUUUCAGCGGCGGAGAGUGAAGCGCGGUGGUGGAAGCGUCGGAGAUCAUGGGACUGGAGACCGUCUGCUGGAGAUACUGGCUGGAACGCGUACAUCGGGACUGCACUCGGACAUGGACAAAGGCGACGGCUCCAUCCGCUACAUCCUGUCGGGGGAGGGGGCGGGCUCCACCUUCACCAUCGACGAGAGCACGGGCGACAUCCACGCCAUCCAGCGCCUGGACCGCGAGCUCAAAGCCCAGUACGUGCUGCGGGCCCAGGCCAGGAGCCGCCUCAGCGACCGGGCCCUCGAGCCCGAGUCCCAGUUCAUCGUAAAGAUCCAGGACAUCAACGACAACGAGCCGCGCUUCCUGGACGGACCGUACGCCGCCAUCGUGCCCGAGAUGUCCGCCAUCGGAACCUCCGUGAUCCAAGUGACCGCCACCGACGCCGACGACCCGACCUACGGCAACAGCGCCCGGGUCGUCUACAGCGUCCUGGAAGGACAGCCGUACUUCUCUGUGGACGCCAAGACUGGAGUGGUGCGUGUGUCUCUGUCUGACAUGGACCGUGAGACCAGAGAGAACUAUACUUUGCUGAUCCAGGCCAAAGACAUGGGGGGGCAGAUGGGGGGUCUGGCCGGGACCACCAGAGUCCACAUACGCCUCAGCGACAUCAAUGACAACCCGCCCGUGUUCGACCAGCGGCUGUACCAGAUGUCGGUCCCUGAGUCGGCCCCCGUGGGGACCGUGGUCGGGACCAUCUGGGCUCGAGACCAGGACUCAGGCCCCAACGCUCUCAUGAAGUACUCUGUCGUGGACGGAGACGGACGAGACUCGUUUGAGAUCAGCACGGACCCGACGAGGAGCUACGGGGUCAUUGCGGUCAAGAGGGCGCUGGACUUUGAGUCAAAGCCGAGCUUCACUCUGAAGGUGGAGGCGGCGAACACGGAUCCUGGACAGAACCAGCACUUUAGUGACGUGACCAUCGUGCACCUGACCAUCGAGGACGUGGACGAGCCACCGGUGUUUGACCAGAACCAGUACGUCCUGGAGCUUCUGGAGGACGCCCAGGUUGGGACUGUGGUCCGAGCCGUGAGCGCCAGAGACCCGGACUCAGCCAACAACACUGUGAGAUAUUCCAUCGACAAGAGCAGCGACCUGGAGAAGUUCUUCUACAUAGAGCCCACGACCGGGGCCCUCAUGACCCUUAGGCCCCUGGACCGAGAGCAGGUCGGCUGGCACAACCUCACCGUGCUCGCCAUGGAGAUGAAUAAUCCGUCUCAGAUUUCCAGCGUCUCUGUUUCCGUCAGAGUCCUGGACGUGAACGACAACGCUCCGACCCUGAGCCAUCACCUGGAGACCUACGUGUGCGAAGACGCCAAUGCCGGACAGCUGGUUCAGGCGCUGACAGCUGUGGACGUGGACGACCCGCUCGGAGGACACCACUUUCACUACAGUUUAACAGCAGAGGAUCAGAACAACCCCAACUUCACUCUCCGAGACAAUCAAGAUAACUCGGCGUGGGUCCUGACACGGCGUGCGGGCUGGGCGCUGCGGGACCACUCGGUCUUCUUUCUGGCGGUGUCGGUCCGGGACGGGGAGGAGCCGGUCCAGAGCAGCACCAGUACUCUGACCGUGCGUGUGUGCAGCUGUGACCAGCAGGGGGCAGUACUGUCCUGUGAGCCCGAGGCCUUCACGCUGCCCGCCAACCUGAGCCGGGGCGCGCUCAUCGCCAUCCUCGCCUGCAUCUUCAUCCUGCUCGUGCUGAUCCUGCUGAUGCUGUCUCUGCGCACGCACCGUAAGAAGCCGUACCUCUGCGACCGCGAGGAUAACGUUCAUGAGAACAUCGUGCGCUACGACGAUGAGGGCGGCGGCGAGGAGGACACCGAGGCCUUCGACAUCGCCGCCAUGUGGAACCCGCGGGAAGUGCACCCUCAGGCCAAGCUGCGGCAGGACAUGCUCCCGGAGAUCCAGAGCCUGUCACGGUACGUGCCGCUGGCGUGCGUGAGCGACCCCGCAGACGGACACGUGCAGGGCUUCGUGUGCGCCAAGCUGCUGGAGGCCGACUCGGACUCGCGGGCGCCGCCGUACGACUCGCUGCAGACGUACGCCUACGAGGGCGAAGGCUCCAUCGCAGAGUCGCUGAGCUCGCUGCAGUCAGGAGCCUCCAACUCAGACCUCGAGUACGACUACCUGAACGACUGGGGACCGCGGUUUGAGAAGCUCGCAGAGAUGUACGGGGUGACGCAAAACUGCUCCCCCCUGUGGUAG